AUGAAGGACCUGGCCCGCGUCCAGAUUAAUGACUUUCUGGUAUACCUGGCGGACUUCGGCGUCGUUAUCUGCCAGCAAUGCCGACAUGCCAUCCAGCCCAACGCCCUGGACAGCCACCUCCUGCGACACCGGAUCUACCGGCAUCGGCGGCGAGCGUUGGUCGAACGUUUGAACAAGCUUGAUCUCAGGCAGCCGGAUGAUGUUCCUGUUCCGAAUCGGGCUUGGCAGCUUCCCGAGCUUCCCACGCAUAUGGGACUUCGUUGUGACGCUGACGACUGUCGGUAUCUCUGUGCAACCGACAAGGGCAUGCAGAUGCACUGGGCAUCGAGGCAUAGUGUCCAUACCAAGAGCAACGUUCGAGCUAGUCCCGUAGCUCUGCAGACUUUCUUCCGUGGGAUCAAGUUACGCUACUUUGAGGUCAGUACGACUCGAGGAUCAACCCCGCCUGUGGACACAACUGCAGAAAACAUCGGCGGCCGAGAGUUGGAAGCGGUCAGAAGCCCUCGUCAGCCAGUACCUCGAGGGAUCCAGCUCAAUUAUUUCGACGCGAGAGCCAUGAUGUAUCUGCAUCACUUCACAUUGCAUACAGCGCCCACUCUCGUCAGAAGGUGCCAGCCUUUGAAACUGUGGCAAGACGACGUGCCACAGCUCGCCUUCGAGUAUCCGUUCCUUCUCCACGCGCUUCUGGGCCUAUCCGCAUAUCACAUCUCAAUCAAAAACCCAGAAACAGGCCAGGAACAUCGACAUGCUGCAGCGCGCUACUCAUCUCUGGGUGCGACCGAGUACGCGAAACAUCUGCUCGAACCCAACUAUGACAAUACCACUGCAAUUCUAGCUUGUGCCAAUUGCCUGACUGUAGAGCAGAAUUCGAGGCUCUUCUCGGACCCCGAAGAUUCCAACGAGCUGGAAUAUGUAGCAUUUUUCCUCUCCGGGAUUCUCACCCUCCCACACGCCCUUGCGCAUCUUUUACCAAGAGGUUCGUACUUUAUGCAGUAUGUUCGCGAGACGCAGGUGAUGGUCGAAGAGGCAAAUGAUUUUCUCAACAACGACGACUUCGACAAUACCUACCUUCCGAAGCACGUCCCGCCAUCAAAGUCUCGUUUUCUCUCUUCCCUGCCCGACGAGGUUGCAAGGCUGAGCCUAUUUUGCCCAAAGAUACUGAGACAGAUACAACAAGGCCGAUGCACACUACGUGCCCUCCUGUACUCGAUAGAUCGAUGCUACGCUUCAGAGGACCUGGCAAAUCUCUAUGAUUCCGCUGCCUGCUGGGUCUGGUGUCUGGAUGAACAUGCGAAGCAGGCUAUCCGUGACGGAGAGGCAUAUUUCUUAAUCAUGUACGCCUGUUGGUGUAUCGCGAUGCACCGGAUCGGGCAAUACGCCUGGUUCACACACGGGAUUGCUGAGAUCCAAAUCACGGUCGUGCGAGCCCGGCUGGCGCCUGAGUACCAUGUUCUGGUCGACACUUUGCUUUCCUUGUUGUAA